AUGUCAACUUCAAUUGACGCGACUUCGCAGUCCACUGCUACCAACAGAGUCCUACAAGAGCUCGGCCUUUUGUCCCUGUACAAUUCCACCCGCGACAUCAAGAUCCUUUGCGUGCAAAGGUUCAUUCGCCUCUUCGCCUAUGGCGCUUCUACUCUCGUUCUCGUCGCGUUCUUGCGGGAACUUGGUAUCUCUACAACCCGUGUUGGGUUGUUCAUGACUCUAACAUUGGCUGGCGAUAUCAUCAUCAGUUUUAUACUUGCCUUGUUCGCUGAUGGUGUGGGCAGAAGGGUUGUUUUGGCUUUGGGCGCUGUCUUGAUGACUGCUAGUGGAAUUGUAUUUGCGACAUCUAGUAACUACUGGAUCUUACUAGCUGCUGCUAUUCUGGGCGUCAUUAGUCCUGGUGGUAACGAGAUUGGCCCCUUCCGUGGCAUCGAAGAGAGUAUCGUGGCGCAUCUCACUGAUCCAGCUAAGCGAGGCGACGUCUAUGCCUGGUACAGUCUAUGUGGUACUGCUGGCGGUGCCUUUGGACUUUUGACUUGUGGUUGGCUUAUUCAUCACAUGCGCGUCAACUUGGGCAUGGAUGUCGUCGAUGUCUACCGCAAUGUCUUCUACGGAUAUUCCACUAUUGGAGUAUUGAAGCUCAUCUCCGCUAUUGUCUUGAGUGCUGCAGUAGAGGCGCACCACGAACCAGUAUCCGAUGCAGAUGCCAAUGAACAGGCGCCUCUUCUCACUCAACCUAACCAAGCUCAGACACCAAGUCAACCACCACCAAAGAAACAGCUGCGAGCUAAGGUGUCUCGCGAGAGUGUCCCCAUUGUCGUGAGCUUGUGUGCGCUUUUCGCUCUAGAUAGCUUUGCUUCAGGUCUUGCCCCUCUGUCAUGGAUAACUUUCUACUUCAAGUCACAGUAUCAUAUUGAAGAGGGGAAACUCGGAUCGAUAUUCUUCACUACCAGUAUCAUCGCUGCUGGCUCCGUACUGGUAGCGUCAUCUCUAGCCAAGCGUUUUGGCAAUGUCAAGACGAUGGUCUUUACCCACAUCCCCUCAGCAAUCUUCCUGGCCCUAAUUCCUAUCCCCAAUGAGGUUCACAUAUCAGUGCUUUUCCUGAUUCUUCGCUCCUGCACCCAGUCUAUGGACGUCGCACCUCGAUCAGCCUUUCUCGCCGCCAUUAUCCAGCCUAACGAAAGGACUGUUGUCAUUGGCCUCAUUAACGUAGCCAAGACUACUGCUCAGAGUCUGGGCCCGCUGAUUACUGGACUACUAGCGGAUUCUGAUUACUUCUGGGUAGCAUUCAUCAUGGCUGGAUCGUUGAAGGUGUGUUAUGAUCUAGGAUUCCUCGGUCUCUUCAAACACCGCGAACACGCGGCAGCGGCGACACGAAGUGAACAACAAGAAUAA